AUGGCCAUGUCGGUUCGCUCUCUCCGCGCGUUGGCGCUGGCCUUGCUGGUGGCGGCGGGGUUGAUGUGUCGCAGCUUCCCCAGCUUCACCCCGCUGCACGCCACGCACCACCAGCCACACCACAGGGGCAUGCGCCUGUUCCUGGAUACCGCGGAUGUGGAGCAGUACAAGAACUUCCUGGGGCUGGGUGUCUUCCAUGGUGUCACCACGAACCCCACGACUCUGCAAGAUGCCAAGGAGCCCUGCACCGUGGAGAGUUUGGAUCACAUCCACCGCCUGGCCAAGAAGUACUGGAAGCGGCCCCCCCACUUCAACCGCCACGAGGAGUUCAUGUGUCAAACCUGGGGAGGCACUGAGGAUGAGCUGUACAAGACCGGCGUGGCGCUGUCCAAGCUGGACCGCAGUCGCAUGGUGGUGAAGGUGCCCGCCACGAAGAAGGGCAUCAGCGUGGCGCGGCGCCUGCACCAGUCGGAUGUCCGGGUGUGCCUCACCGGGUGCUACAGCGCCAAGCAGGCCCUACUGGCCGCGAGCCUCGGCGUGGAGUACGUGGCCCCAUACCUGGGCCGCAUGACCGACAAGGGCAAGGACGGAUUGGAGGAGUGCAUCAAGAUGCAGGAGAUCAUGGAGAGCCUGGAGUGUGAGACGCGAGUUCUGGUGGCCUCUGUGCGGAAUCCGGAUGACAUGGUGGAGCUGGCGCGCAGGGGCGUGAACACCUUCACCUUCUGCCCGGAGGUUGCGGAGCAGCUCUUCUCGGAUCCACUCACCGAGGAUGCCGCCGCGGAGUUUGAAGCUGCAGUGAAGGACACCUCUGAGCGAGUAGCGGUUACAAGCGUGACCUUUGUCAAGGCUUCACAGAGGGGUGGCGUGCUCGUCACCCUGGUCACUGACAACGACCAGCCCUCCAAAAGCUUUGAGCUGCCCAGCGGCGAAGAGCGUCGCAUUCGAUUGGGCCGGGCGAAGGAGAAUGACUUGGUCAUUGAGCAAAAGGGCACUUCCUGGUUUCACUGCGAGCUGCGGCUUCUGGAGCCGGAGCGGCGAGGCAGUGGAGCCUUGGUGAAGCUCCGAGACACCUCCACCAAUGGUGUGGGGAUGAAGGCUCCCGGAGCCUCCACGAUCCGAAUCACGAAGGGUAUUGAUCACCCCGUGGUGGACGGGACAGUGAUCAUUGUGCCCUUCAAAGUCAAGGCGGAGGAUGGCAAGAGCCAAGAGGAGCUAAGAUCCAGCGUGAAGGUGUGCGUGUCCGGCUUCGGAGCGUUGGGAGCUGAGCCGAAGCCGAAGGCCGCUCCGCUGGAGUCGCCGAAGGUGGAUCUGGAGCCACCGCCGCUGCCAAAGGCGCAGGCGCCCACCAUUCUCACGAGGACACCGGAGAAAGAGGUGCCGCCGCCCGUGCCGGAGGUGGGCAAGAAGUCGCAGGCCCUGCAGCCGAAGGCAGCUGCAUCCAAGCCAGCGGCAGCCCGCCCCAAGGCGUCACGGCCCACUUUCCCUAGAGAGGAGCCUCCCAAGGCUGCGUCCGCCAAAUCCCAGUCGCGGCCACCUGCCCGCGAGGUUCGCCACAUUGGUCAGGUGCCGAUGGAGGAGGACUAUCCUCCAGCCAUCCCAGCAGCAACAGGCUCCGUGCCGGUUCCAGCGGCCGAGAAGCCCGCGAAGCCAGAGAAGGAGGAGAAGCGAAGAGAUCGAAGCCGCAGUAGGCGGCAGGAUCGCGACAGGGACCAUCGGGACAAGGAGCGCCGAUCCCGUGGAAGAGGUCGAGAUAGAGACCGCCGGUCUCGGGACCGGUCGCGUGAGCGGUCCAAGAGAUCCGGGGGAAGGUCAGACCGUCGAAGACGGGACGGCUCUAGGGAAGCGCCCAAGCCGGUAGACCCAGGUGGGCCGCCGCCGCCCCCAGACGCCCCAGACGCGCCAGACGAGCCGCCGCCGGCGCCGGCGCCGGUGCCGGCGCUUCCGGCGCCGGACGCGCCCGCGACGGCGCCCAAGGCUUCUGGCGCCAAGUCGUCCGCAUCCCAGUUUGAGGAGAUGAUGAAGCGGGUCACUGCCUUUGCCAGGGAGAAGGAGCAGACCUACGAGGAGCGCGUGGCGGAGUGCCGCGCAAGAGAAGAGGCGGAGAGGAAAAAGAGAGAGGAAGACGAGGAGGAGGAGGCGAAGAAAAAGAAAGAGGAAGAAGGCGAGCGCUCACAGGCGUGGCAUAUCAUGCUGGCACAGGUGCAGCUGCAAAGGCUCAGUGGGGAGCUCAGGAACAUGAUGAACAUGGGCAACAUGGGCAUGGGCGGCAUGGGCAUGUCCGCAUCUCAGCCCCUGCCGCCUGCAGUGGCGUACAACCGGGGUGUAUACGUGGCUGAUUGGGAGCCGCUUCGCAGGCCGUGGCAAAGGGCCAAAACCUCCAAGGCGCGGGAUUUGGUCACUUCGCCAUAUGGCAUGGUGGCGGUGAAGUCGGGGCAUGGCCCUCCGCCUGCGGCCCCCAGCGCGGGCCCACCCGGCCAAAGCCUCAUGGCACGGUUGGGUGGGGAGGUUGCGGGGGCGGCGUCUUGCGACUUCAGCGGCAUUGCCGCGGUGACGAAGUCCAAAUCGGCGCCUCCGCCUCCGCAAAUGAUGAAUAGCGCAGUGCCGGCCCUCCCCCCGUCGCAGACGGCGUGGUCCGACAUGAAGCUCACUGCGAAGGCUCCCCAGCAGGCGCAGCCUCCGCCCCCGCCACCGGGCAACUUCGACAGAAGAGGUGACGACCGAGGUGAUGGCUUCGAUCGAUCCCAACCAGACGAAGGUUCGGAUAGAAGACACGACGGCGGAGGAGGCCGGCCGCGACGGAGCGGUUUCAGCGAUGCUCCUCCCGAUAGAGGCGCCAACGGAGGUGCAUCAGCGCCGCCCCGAAGCUUUGAGAAGCCAGAAGGUGGACGGGGCGGAGGAAGAGGAGGCAUGCAAGAGUGGCAGGAGAGGGAUAUCCAGGACUUCUGUGAGCGCUUCUCACUAGACGAUCGCCUGCAGAAGCGGGUGAUGGAGACCUUGGCCAAGCGCCUGGACUCCUUCACCCAAGACCUCUCCUCCCUGAAGCAGACCAUGGAAACGGCGCGAAAUCCGCCCGGGUUGCUGAGUGUAAAGCUUCGGGAGAUGGAGGAUGGCACCUUCGUGGCCAAAGGCAGCGACAAGGGCAAGGGAAAGCGGGAUGGACGCUUUGGCCCCUGCCGAAUAGUCGGUCGGCAUGAGCGUGAUGCUGAGGGCGGCUUUGGAGGCUUCGGGAAGGGAAAGGACAAGGACGGCGGCAAGGACGGUGGCAAAGACUUCGGCAAGGACGGCGGCAAAGGUGGCAAAGGCCCCGUCAUGAGCGCGGAGCGCCGCGCCGCGCUCUUCGCGGACUCCCCGGAGCGGCCGCCUGCGGCGAGCCACGCGCCGCCUGCGGCGAGUCAGCCGCCGCAGCCGCCGGCGCGGCGCUCCCGCAGCCGGCGCUCCCGGCCAUGGAAGUCACCAGAGAAAUGGUCCCUGUUAUAA